AUGAGCACAACAUCAACAAAUGUUGCAAGUAUGCUGUACCUCCAUCCUGAUUACCUCUGGUUUUUGAGAAAAAUUCAAGCGCGGAAUUUGCCAGUGCGACAACCCAUAUUUAGAAAUUCAAUGCAGUGGGAAUUUAUUGGGGCAACAAAAAAAACGAGGAUUGUGCAGAAAAUUCGAUACACGAAAGCAUUGGCUUUUGGUGAGGAGCUAAAAUUGUUUUUACAGGUAUCGGACAACGAAGGAUAUUCAGUUACCGUUUCGCGUUAUUCCGUUAGUUCGGGAAGUUUCAAGAAAUAA